CGGGCGCCAGCAUCCUGGCAGUGUCCAGGGACGGCCGUGGGCUGCAGUCCUGGGCCAGGGUCACGGGCAGGGUCUGCAGCUCCCCCCUGCAGCCCUACGGCUGCACCUUUGGGACCCUUUGUCCUGACACGGGUGGUCUCCCUGCACGCCUCUCUGACUCCGUGUCUCCCCGUCUGUUACCACAGACACCGCCCUCGCCUCCCCUGCCUUAGCUCGGACAUUUCUAGACCUUGUUUCAAUGGACGGUGGCUUCUUCCCAUAGUUUGGACGCAGCUCUGUUCCAACCCCCCACAUCCUUCUGCCCCACAAGUUCCCCGGGACCCCGGGUUCUUUGGCCAGAGCAGAUGCAGCCUCCUCGUGGGCCAGAAUGACGAGGUGUGUUUUCCUGAAGGGGCUCAGGGAAGACUUUGAAAAAAACAGAGAGGCGAGCUUCCCAGUGUGAGCCCUCCACCGCUGGGAGGGGGACCACUGCGUCUCCUGCACUCCCUGCCGGGGGAGCCCACCAAACGUGCAUGUGUGGCCUCUUGGCGGCCUGCAGCAUCUUUGGAAAGUCUCCGAUUAAAAACCAGAUGAGUUAAUGUUGUUUGAUUUUUAAAUGACGAUCAGAGAAUCUGGCUUCUUCUUUGAAAGAAACUGACGCACACCUCCCCCUCUCUAAAGCACGGUGCUCUGCACACCCGUGUUUCCGUCCUCCAGAAACGGAUCACUUACCAUGAGAAUGAGGUCUGUUACUAACUGGCUGUUAUCAUAUUAUUAUACUGCGAUGGCCGGUGGUUUAGAAAGCGCUUUGUUUUUCCUUCUGAUGAGGAAUUAUAUACCAGGAGUUGGUCUUAUUUAAAAGUAUAAACAUUAGUGUAGCUGGGCGGCCUGAUGGGUACUUUCUACUUUACGUUUCUGCAUCAGCACCUUGCAUGUGUCACCUGUAAAAUCAGGACACAGGAAGCGAUUGGCUGAGUCGCACAGUGCUGCCUCGGUUUCUUUCCCCGGGGGCCGUCACUUUGCCUCUGGGACCGGGUGUCCCCACGUGAUGAAAUGAGCACAUUCUUCUCUCUGGGAGGCCAAGGCCUUGCUGGCAGGGAGGCCGUCGCUGGGAUGCUUCCAAGCUGCACCACCAUCUCGGGGAUGGGAUCUUCUCCGUCCGGAUGUGGCCAGGCUUCUCCAGGAGCUGCGGCAGGGAGAGGGCUGGGGCUGGGGCAGGGGCGCAGGGGUAAGGGGUCGAUGCCGCUGAUGGCCUUCAGCGUUGCCCCUCAAACUCCUCUCGCAGUGGGAGGAAAGCCAGUUAAGAGCACCUGCUACCCACCCACCCACGAUGGAUAGAUUCACUACGCUUGCUGUGCUCAGAACUCACACAUGUUCUCCGGGGGACCCUUACAGCAGUUAAGAGCCUGGUAAUGCAGCCGGCUUCACUGCCUCCACCGUCCAGAUUGGGAAACUGAGGUCUGUGCAUCCAGGCAGCACCAGGAAAUCUGCCCGUCGAUCUGAGCCAAGUGUGGGGUCCAGAGGCAAACUGGGCAGACAGGCCUGCUCUACGGUCCUCCUCUCCAGGUGGCUGGAGAGCACACGGCCAGUCCAGGCAGCCGCCUGUAUCGUAUAAACCCAACAGUAGAGUUUUAGUUAACACUCAGGACACAUCAUUUGUAACAACACACAUGCUAACGGUCCUGCGUAUGGAUAGGAGGAUGGGGGGACGGUCCAGAGGGCUCUGGGAGCCUUCCUCCAGGGCAGGACCCUUUUGUGUACAAAACCUGAUCUGAAAACGCAUGUCUUAGGGAAAUCAUAGAGAUGUUCUUCCUUCCUUCCUUGGGUUUCUUUCUUGUUCCCUUAUUUUUAUGCCAUGUCCUGUGUUUAUGAACAGUAUUUAAGGUCAGGAGUCUUCUCCUUGUUACCUGUGUUGGGCUUAGAGUCAAGAUCCCGCAGGGGGCCAGCGCCGUGCUUCCCAGAUCCGUGCGUAGGCGCUGCCGCUGUCCUUCUGGGCCUCCGGUUAACCUUGGGACCCGUCACGGAAAUGCUGACAGACCGGCGGCCUCUCCUUGAGCCGGAGCCUCAGAGGGAAGGCCAGACCGGGAGAAGGUGACGGACUGGGACACGGGAAGAUUUACGUGACCCCAAAGGAGACGUGCUUAGUUUUUUGCUCUGUGACCAGCGUGUGGGAGCGUUGCUGAGGGAUCUGAUGAGGGCGUUCUGCCAGGCAGGUGCCCUGAGGGGCCGAGAGACAGGCCCACGGGAGGCUGUGCUCCAGAGGACAUGGACGCCGAGGCAUCUGGCUGACGGUUUGGGGCAUAAGAUGUGCGAUGCAGUAAAUAAGGAAAAGUAGCAACAAAGUCUUUGAGGAGGAGCGCGUUUGUCUGAGCUCGCGGGGCGACUUAUUUCUGAGUGUGUGAGGAUCCCCAUCGCGGGUGCUGUAACUUGACCUGCCGUUGAGCUUUGCGGACAGGACCGCGGACCUGUAAAUUCAGGCACAAACGUCCGGACCUCGAAAACCAGUGCGUGCAGCAACUGAGCCUGGAGGUGGCCGUGUCGUGCGUGGCUGCCUCGCCCGCCAAACACACGUGGCGCUGACUGAAGAGCUUCGGUGCAGGAUGAAGACCCCGUUUUUCUUUCAUCCCGAGUUUGUUUUGGAGUCACAGGAUCAAGAUGGUUAAGCUUCCAAAAAAGCAAAUCCCAACAGCCUGGUUGGACUCAGCGUGGACUCUUGCCGUGACCUCAGCAGUGUAGCUGCUGCUCUGAGGUGGGGGUGGAUGUCUCUGUGCGAACAGUCCUGCAAUGAGCCCUCCCUGCCUUCCCCGAGCCACAGCACAGGGAAGGAAGUCACAUGAAUGAGAAACCCAGAAGUCAAGACUUGAGGGAGGAGAGACAAUGGGAAGGUCUCCUUUCUGGUUGCUUUCCUGAGUUCUGUGACACCUAAACUUGGGUUUGCCCACAAACACUGGGACAUGCAAAGCAGCGGCUGUUGUCCAGAGACUUUAUUCUGCUGCUUAAGUUUGGAGGUAGACAACCCAGGCCUGUCUUUCUGCUCUGCCAUUCUGCAAAAGUGGUUUCCACUCGCAAGGUUCCCUCAUGGCCCAAAAUGGCUGCUGGGAUUCCACCUUUAUGAUCACAUUCCAGGCAGCAGAAAGGAUGACAGGGAGAAAGGCAGAGGGACAGGCUCCUCUAAGAGAUUUCCUGCAGGGCCUACUGAACAUUCUUUGCUUCAAUGGAUGAUAAAUGGUCUGGCGUGACCUCUGCUGUGGGUUGCCAGGAUGAAGCCUUCGGAGGACGCACAGACCAGGGUGGGCACUGGUUUUGGGGGUGAGCCCCGGUGGCACCGAUGUCUCAGGCAAGAGGGCUGGAGCAGGGAAAACACAGAUCCUCACCUGCCCUCAUGGGGCUCAUCAUGGGGGGUCCGAUAUCAGGUGGGGGGUCCCCUCUGCAGGGGAGCAGGUGGCCAGGGGCUCCUGCUUCUCAUUGUGGGGACAUGGAGGUGCGGGCAAGGCUGUGCAGGUGCACACAAGUGUCCUUCAGGAAGGACAUGGAGGCACCAGUGGAAACCUUUCAGGUGGCUGGUGGGCGAGGAGGGAGACCCUGAUUUCCUGCCCCGAGAAAGAAGGGUCCUUGCACAAGGGUUUGCAAGGAGAAAGAAGACCUCCCUUUGGUUUGUGGGGUCUCUGCUCGUGGUGUCUGUCUCCAUCCUGACCAUCGGCCUUGCCGCCACCACCAGGACGGAGAACGUGACAGUGGGGGGCUACUACCCAGGGAUCACCCUGGGCUUCGGAGCUUUCUUAGGAAUUAUUGGCAUCAACCUGGUGGAGAAUAGAAGGCAAAUGGAUCCCAGGCCCCUCACCAUGGGAAGAUGCCAGUUUUUUGCCAGCGAGGCGGGGUACGUGCACGACGCCUACCAGACCGAGGUCACCUGUCCCUCCUUGAGCGGCACGUGCCCACUGAAGCACGGAACACCCCCCCACCUACUACGAGUUCGUGGGCGUGCGCGGCUGUCAGGACGUGCUUCACCUCUACCGGCUGCUCUGGGCCUCGGCAGCGCUCAACGUGCUGGGUGUGCUCCUGGGCAUCUUCACGGCCGCCGUCCUGGGGGCCUUCAAGGACAUGGUCCCCCUGUCCCAGCUGGCCUACGACCCGUCCGCUCCACCCCGGAUCCUCUACAACCCCGCCCAGCAGAUCCUGGCCUACGCGGGCUUCUGCCCGGCACCUGCGACCCUCCCCGCCUGCUCGUCCUACCCUCUGCCUCUCCAGGUUGCUUCCGUGCCGACGUCCGGGGAUGUCCGAGCUGCGGUGAGGGCGGCACAUCAGAAGGCGAUCCAGGCAGGGCAGGCCGCGCUUGGGCCUCAGAGACCAUCAACAUCCUGACGAAGGAGCCCGUUGGGGCCGGUGGUGCCGGAGCAGGGCUGCAUCCGUUGGAGCUCAGACACCCUUGCUGCAGGUGGGUCGGCGCCGAGAUGAACCAUGACCUGGGUUCCUGGCACUUUCCACCGGACUGCAAGCACCCUGAAUCAUCUGUGGGUCCCCCAACCCUGAGUGGGGUCUGCUACAGUCCGUUCCUGAUGAUUGUCCGCUGAAUCGAAUGCACGUAGAACUGGAAAAAGCAGCCAAAAAACCAAAAACAAAACCAAAGAAACCAGCAAUCUUCUCUGUGGCCGAGGUUUGCCUUUAUUUCCGACAGAGGAGUGGAGUGUUCCUGGCACUGAGUUUUCCCGUGAUGGGACCAGGUGCAUGGUGUGGUCGGAAGUGCUUCAAGGUGCCGGGGCCUAGGUUGUGCUGGGGGGGGCUCUCAGUGGGGAGUGGGGUCUCCCACCUCCAACUGCUGCUGGGUGCAGACUCUGUGACACCCCAAGGAGGCUCUUCUGAGUUAUAAAAUGGUAUCGUUGGAGGUUUAUUAAAAAUGCACGGAGUUCUGAAUACC